CCAUCAUUUUUACUGCCCUGUGUGUGUGUGUGUGUGUGUCUUUUGUUCUGUGGCCAACAACACAGUCAGCCUCCAUAUACUGUACCACUGAGCUUCUGUAUACACAUGAUGGAAUAAUGCUAUACACACACACACACACACACACACACACAGAGAGAGCAUGGUGUCUUUGUGCUGCUCAGCUCUUUAUGACCUGAGAUUCACAGAGAAGCGGAAUUUACACAAUUAACAUCAGCUAAGUGUGCACUACUAUUAUUAUUGUUGUUGUUAGUAUCACAAUUAGGAUUAUUAUAAUAAUCAUAAUCUAACAGUUAUGAGUAUUAUCGUUUUAUCUGUUGAUGGUUGUUUGUUUUUUUUUUUGCGAUGAAAAAAUGUCAGCAAAUGUUGACGAGUGUUUGUCAAAACCUGGAAACGUUCUCAAAUGUUUAGUUUUGUCCACAACAUGAUUCCGUUCGAAUGGUUUCUUUGUAAUCUGGAGCAAAGUCAAAGUAGUUGAUUUAGUCACGGAUAAAUAAUCAAUUCAUCAUGAGUGUUUAUGCCGGAGAGGUCGUUGAGGGGGUGACCUUCGUUUACAUACAAGUGGAACAACAACAACAACAACAACAACAACUGCUGAAAAGUGAAAAUAAGGUCAUGCAGAAGAAUUGCAGUAAAUGUUAUUAUAAAUUGUGUUGUUCCAGUAAUAGAACAUGUCAUGUUGGAUUGUAAAUAAUAACACAACGUUGUAGAUGAGGUCACAUUGUCACACUCGUGAGCUCACAAGUGUGUAUUAACAAUGGCCGCGUUCCAUUUAGCUUUCUCACUUUCAGUGUGUGUGUGUGUGUGUGUGUGUGUGUGUGUGUGUGUUGCUGGGUCACUCCGUCCCAAGCAACACUUGUGCUUUUCCUGCUAAAACAUGUCAAAAUGGCCGCUGUGAGAGAGGCCCUCUUGUACCCACACCUACAGUCUGAAGUGAGCCUCCUCGUCCCAGACUUCACGAAGUGAUCAUCGAGUUCUGUCUGAAUGAUGACGGACGUUCUGAAAUGUGUUGGUCUUUGUCUUUGUCUUUGUUUCACGGAGCAAAAGAAACCGGCAAAUACUCACGCGGACGAAACUGAAAAAACACGGACGAUUAAUGAAGGAAGCUGCUGCUGUUCAGAAGCAGCCUGAAACACUCAGGAAAACAUACUGACUUACCUCAGAACAUCCUGUUUAAGUCUAUGAUCUUCAUAAUAUCUUAGUAACUCAGUGUUUACAACAGGAAACUGACCUUUGUCAAGGGAUUUUACACCAAAAUGAGCGUCACAAACACUCAGCAGACUCAGGACUGAUCAGUGUGCUCAGCAUGGCCGCCAACAUGACGCCAGCUCCAGCCGUCUGGCCCGGUGACGACCCGGACGCCUCGCCGUCAAACCACGUCUCCGUCCCUGUGCCGUGCCCGGCGGGCGUGGGUGACCCUCACAUCCACAGCAGCAGCAGCGGCGGCGGCGGCAGUCCGGCCAGCGCGCGGCGGCCCCGCAGCAAAUCCAAAGGAGAGCUGGUCAUAGUCAUCAACGAGAAGCUGAAGAACAGUGUAGGUAAUGGGAUGCACCCGGCGUCCGCAGAGAGCACCUCUCCAGUCAUCUCGUCUCCCCCCAGAAGACAACACUCCAUCUCUUACCCUCACCAUGGCAAGACCAGGAAGGGCAGCAGGGCCGGAUCCAUCGGGUACACCGCCUUCUCGCCCAGGCCGUCCAUUUCUCGCCACUCCAGCAUCGCCACCAACCCCCCCCUGGACCGCACCAAGGUGAAGGACUACCUCCUCCUGUCCGUGCUGGCCUGCUUCUGCCCCGUGUGGCCCAUAAACAUCGUGGGAUUUGUUUACUCCAUCAUGUCCAAGAACAGUCUGGAGCAGGGAAACCUGGAUGGAGCCGUGCGCCUGGGUCGCGUGGCCAAAAUGCUCUCCGUGGUGUCACUAGUUGGAGGGACGGUCAUUAUCAUCGCCUGCAUUGUCAACCUGGCGAUAAAUGUGAAAACCUGAGUUUCAUCCCAGGGUGAAACUGGAUAAGACAACAGACCGUCUGGCCUGCACCUGCACCACCAUCUUUACCACCUUUAGUCAUUACCUGGAUGUGUGACAACAUGUGCACCCGAUACACAGUGCUGUCUUAUAUUUCUGUAAUCUAUACAAGUCCUUUUUUUGCUCAUAGAAGACAAUGACACGCAAAUGCUGCUGUUGUGAUUCAGGGUUGGG